UGUUGUUUAAUUGAUUAGAAACACCAUGGAAACACAACAACAACCAGCAGAUAUUCAAGAUUUAGGGAACAAAACCAGCAGCACUUAUGUAUGCAGGCAAAGCAGCACGAGGUGGACACCCACAAGUGAUCAGAUCAGAAUUUUGAAAGAACUUUACUACAACAAUGGAAUCAGAUCACCAACGGCUGAUCAGAUCCAGAGAAUCGCUGCCCAACUCAGACAGUACGGAAAGAUUGAAGGCAAGAAUGUGUUUUAUUGGUUUCAGAACCAUAAAGCUCGUGAAAGGCAGAAAAAACGAUUCACUCCUGCUCCUCCACCACCAUCUCCGUUCUCUGAUCAUAUCAACCACCAUCUACCCACCGCCCCCGCCAUGCAAAUUCAGUCUCACCAUCAUCACUACCACCAUCAAGAACCACCACAUGUCUAUAGCCACCAACACAAACUCUACACCACACAUCACAUUGGGGUUGGUUCUUCUUCUUCACAAGGAGUGAUGGCUGUUGGGUGUGGCUAUGGAUCUGUCGCCAUGGAGAAGAGUUUCAGGGAGUGUUCAAUAUCACCGCCGGGAGAGAGUAGGGCCACCGGAUCAAUUGGCCGGAAUUUCGGAUCAAGAUCACGGGUUGGUGUCGAAUCAUUUUCUUUCUUUGAAAAUAUCAAGCCAAAAAGAUAUGAGAUCUUAGAGAAUCAUCAUCAAGAGGAAGAACAUCAAGAUGAAGGAGAUAGUUCAACACAGAUUGAAACACUUCCUUUAUUUCCAAUUCAUGGAGGCACUCACCAUGAUUUCUUCAGCAUGAAGGCAACAGAUUUGUCAUCGGAGCAUACUGCUGGAGGUUACUACACCGGAGGAAACUGGUACCGCUCUGACGGCCGUGCUUCCCUUGAGCUCAGUCUCAACUCCUAUGGAUAUUAUAACUGAUAUAUUAUUAUCUAUUUUAGUUAGCGAAGUAUGUAAUUAAGUGGUAAUUAUCAUGUACUAAUUAUGGGUGUGAUCUAUGUUUAAUUCUUCUACCUUUUUAUAUUAAUGUGG